CAGGAAAUGACCUACCCGCAGACUGUUCGCCGUCGUUUACUGAACCCUACGUUUUAGUCGCAGACGCGCUACGCAACGUAGUAACUGUCAGUCACAGGGCAUUUAAAUGGCCAUACUACAGACCCCUCGUCUUUAUUGCGCGUUCAUAACACUGUUACACGUUUAUUUUCUCUCUGAGGACUAAGACAUUCGUGGUUUGGUAGUAGGGGUACGUUUUAAAGUUCGUAAUUUGGGCUAACCUCUAUUCGACAACUCAAAAUGAGCGACGAGGACGAGUUUAUGCAGAAAGCCCGAACUGGGUUUGAGGAUCUGUGUCGAGCUUUGAAUAUGGACGAGGAGGCGAGCAGUGAGGCAUGGAAAAGCUACGAGAACAUCAACAGGAAUUACACUCUGGAGGGGAGUGAGUUACACUGGUUGGCAUGUGCCCUCUACGUGGCCUGUAGGUCUUCUGUGCCAACUGUGGGUAAAGGCACCGCUGAGGGCAACUAUGUCUCCUUGACCAGGAUCCUACGCUGCUCAGAACAAAGCCUGGUGGAGUUCUUCAGUAAGAUGAAGAAGUGGCAGGACAUGGCCAGCGUGCCCACGGACUUCCGGCAGAGCACCGAGAAGCUGGAGCGUAAUUUCACAGUGUCGGCGGUCAUCUUCAAGAAGUACGUCCCCAUCUUCAGGUCCAUCUUCAAGGCCCCGCCCGAGGAGCCACCCCGGGUUCACCGCAGCCGCAAACAGAGACGGCAUCCGUGCACUGUCUCCGAGGUCUUCAACUUCUCCUGGAUUCUAUUUAUCCAUGCGAAAGGUAACUUCCCGAUGAUCAGUGACGACCUGGUCAACUCCUACCACCUCCUGCUGUGUGCGUUGGACCUGGUCUUCACCAAUGCCCUGCUCUGCAAUGCCCGGAAAGACCUGCUCAACCCAGACUUCAGAGGCCUCCCAGAGGAGUUUGGCAGUAAGGACUACAGGCCGGCCCCGGGGUCCUACUGCCUGCUGGGGAAGCUGUGUGAGCUCAACGACGGCCUGGUCCUGGAGGCCAAAGGAGUCAAAGAACACUUCUGGAAGCCCUUCAUCAAGAUGCUCUUCCACAAGAGGAUCCUGAAAGGCAGAGAGGACACCUUGACAGGAUUCCUUGACCCAAUGAACUUCGGAGACAGUUUUUCCUCUCUGAGCCGGGUGUACGAGGAGCACGUCCUGUCCACCGGCAGCCUGGACGAGAGGAUCUUCACCGGGGAGGGGGCCAACGAGGACAUCGGCACCCCAGCGCCGUGCCUCAGCGAAGCGCCGGAGAACCAGGACAGCGCCGCCUAUAGGCUGCACGCUAGCCUCACCGCCACGGCCCUGAAGGUCUCCACACCGCUGUCCAGCAGGAGGUACCCCCCGGACCCCCGGCUGUCCUCUCCUGUGUCCUCAGCCAUCCAGAGUGUGGGCCGGCUCCACAGCCUGCUGACAGGGGCCACACAGGGGCCCAGCGCCAAACUCACCCAGAUCCUCAGAGCCUGUGCUAGGGACCCCAGUGAUGUCAUCAGUACGAGACUGAAGGACAUGUUUCAGACCUUCUGCCAACACUAUGAGGACCAGAGCCUGGAGGGCCCGGGGAUGGGGAAAGACGUGGCAGUGAAGUUCUUCCGGCUGGGGGAGGCGCUGUACUACAAGAUGUUGGAGGCCAUCGUGGAGAGGGAGAAGAUGAUCCUGGGAGAGGCCGACCUCUCUGGCAUCCUAGAGCAGGAUAUCUUCCAUGGUUCUCUGAUGGCCUGUUGCCUGGAGAUCGUCAUCUUCUCCUACAGACCGCCGGGAGACUUCCCAAACAUCCUCAAUGUCUUCAAGAUCCAGGCCUACCACUUUUACAAGGUGAUCGAGGUCCUGGUGCGGGCCGAGCAGGGCCUGUUCCGCGAGGUGGUGAAGCACCUGAACCAUGUGGAGGAGACGGUGGUGGAGAGGCUGGCCUGGGGCUCCCAGUCCCCGCUCUGGGACUCUCUCCGCAAUGCUAAGGGCCAGGUCCCCACCUGCCAGGAGGUGAUGCCCCCCCGCUACCUGGAGGAGAGCGAGGCGGCGGGCGGCAGGUCCAACAGCUCCCCCAUCACCCCCGUCACCCGUGGACCCGACCUCAGCGCCAACAGCACCCUCAAAGGUGUGUCCCCGUCUCCCACCGGCCUGCUGGACAGGUACAACUCCCCCCCCAGCGCCGUCGCCCCCCACCGCCGCCGCCUGUUCGUGGACACCACGGACGCCCAGCCCACCUUAGUCACGGUGCAGAUACCCCUGCAAGGGAUCACCUUCUUCCCGCUCCAGAUGAUCCCGGGCCAGGGAUCGACCACGCUGCAUCCCAUCUCGGCCCAAGCUCUGACGGGGACCAUCAGCGGCCCCUCCCCUGCCCCCAAACCGCCCAGCAGACCGGCCAGCGUGCCGCUGAGGAAGGGCUCCCUGUCGCUGUUCUUCAGGAAGGUGUACCACCUGGCCAGCCUGCGGCUCAGAGACCUGUGCUCCCAGCUGGACAUCUCCCGUGAGCUGCGGCAGAAGAUCUGGUCGUGCUUCGAGUACUCGCUGGUCCACUGCACUGAGCUCCUGAUGAACCGCCACCUCGACCAGCUGCUCAUGUGUGCCGUCUACGUCAUGGCCAAGGUCACCAGAGAAGACAGAUCUUUCCAGAACAUCAUGAAGUGCUACAGGACCCAGCCGCAAGCCUGCAGCACCGUCUACAGGAGUGUCUUGAUCUCAGAGAGUCGGAGGAACCUUUCAGAUGGCAGCAAAGUCAGCAAGCUGAAGUCCCCUAGCACCAAAACCCAAGAGCAGGGUGUCAAUCUGAGCACCCCCCCCUCCACCCCCUCCUCCACCUCCACCCCCUCCACCACCUCCACCUCCUCCACCUCUCUGAUGGACCAGGAGGAGCGGGGGGACCUGAUCUGCUUCUACAACCAGGUCUACAUCACGCCCAUGCGGCCCUUUGCUCUGCGAUACUCCCUGAGCUCUCCCUCCGCAGGGGCGGAGUCCCCUCCCCUGUGUCCGUACCCCAGCGUUAGGUGUGGUGCGGCCCGCCGCGUGCAGCUGUCCAGUAAACACUGUGUUUACGUCUCGCCGCACGGGACCAGCGGCCCCGCCACGCCCCCCCCCCGCCACAACAUAUACUACUACAUCAGCAACAGCCCGUCGGACCGCCUCCGGGAGAUCAACAGCAUGAUCCGCACAGGGCAGAGUCCCAGCAGGAAGCACAGCCUGCCCCUGGAGGAGGAGCCAGAGCCCAAGAAGGCGUGUCCAGAGAACCAAUCGGCACUGCUCCGCAGGCUGCAGGACGUGGCCAACGACCGUAGCUCCUCCCACUGAGCCCCACCUCCCCCUUCUCUUUCAUGAACUUUUUUUAAACAAAGAUAAUAAUGUAUCAAGUCGUAGGCCAGAUGGAGCCAAAGCAAGCAAAUGGGUUUCUCUUUUUAUUUCUCUGUUGAUGACUACACCUCCAUGCGCAACACUCAAGGGCUAGGCUGAGAGGAGGGCGUGCAAUUCACCAUUUGCCCCAUCUACCCUAAUGCAAUCUCCGUCCUCUUGCUUCCUGUGAGCUGUGUACACCAGUUAACAGGCCCCGUGAGCAUGAAGAAUACAAACAUAACAGGAAGAAGAACAACGAAGUCAAGGAAAAAUAAAUAAUUUCACUAAGCAAUAACAUGUAAUUGCUUAAAGGGAACCUAUUAUGCUUUUCAACUUUUAUGACCUAUAAACGUUACAAUGAUUGAUAGUCAUGUUUAACCAUUCACAAAAAACGAUGUAGAUUUUCGGGAAACUCUACCUCUCAUCUGGGCGCUUUCAGCAUUCUCUGUCAACGCUCGGUUUCGUCCUUCUCCGCCCCCUCGCCCCCCUGCUGCCAACCCAACUACGUUGUGAUUGGUUACCUUCCUUGAGGCGCGCGUGCGGGCAGUUUGACCAGGCAUAUGGGGGCGCGGCAGGAGUGCAUCUACGUAGAUGAUUUCCCGGAAAUGUGAACAAGUGAAUCGCAAACGUUGUCCCGAGUGUUUUGAGCUCUGCACAGCCACCCCAGACUGUCAGCAGGGAAUAUGUCGAAAUACAUGUACGUUAUUAUUUGACACUUAAGUAUGGUUAAACAUGACUAUCAAUCAUUAUAACAACGUUUAUAGGUCAUGAAAGUCGAAAAAGCAUAAUAGGUCCCCUUUAAAAUAAAAAAAUAAGAAAUAUACAUAUUUACAUAUAUAUUUUAUGAAAGGAAAAAUGUAUUGUAGAUGAGCUAAAAAGUGUAUAUAGUCUGUUUUUAAUAUGAUAUUGUAAGUGCAGAUCUUGGUAGUUGCUCUUUAUUAAGAUAACCGUUAUAAUAGUUUGUACUUUGUUUUUCUUAUUCCCUAUCCAUUAUGUGUUUUUGAUUAUAAAGCAUUACUGUCUCUUUGGCCCUCAACAAUUUGCCAAGUUAGCCUACUCUCACAGCAUGGAACAGAAGGCAGCUUAACAAAGCAGCCCAAUACAUCAACACUAGCACUCUUGACCCUGUACAUUUUUAAUAAAGGUAUGUUGUUUGCAGAUGUGGAUUCUAUUCGGGUUUCAUACAGAAGAAGCUCCUGCCUGUUUAGGAUGGUUCUUCACCAGCUGUGUUAUCUUACAUUCCCGUGAGAUGGUAUGGUAAUGCCAGAAGAAAUGAGCUUGAGUUGAAAUCAUAUUGUAGCAAUGUACCUAGGUGGCGGCCAGUGGCGAAGCUAGACCUCAAAACUUGCCUUAGCCCACCAUAUCAUUUUGUCCACAAAUCUAAUAUUCUACCUUUUUUUUUUUACACAAGCAAUGAGAGAAUGGAUGCUGUACAAUAAUGAACAGGCUCAAAUGGGCUAGUGAAAUCGAGCGCAACCUUCCUGGAGGGAUCUCUAACCUCUGAUUGGUGGGUGGGCGCCUCCUGUUCGACAAAACCCAAAAUGCAACUUAACAUAGUUUCUGCUGUUUUGUCUGUCAAAAAGGCUAGCUAAUCUUUAUCAGAAAUCCACAAUUUCCAGCUGCAUUACCAGGUAAUAAUAAUAAUAAUCAUUUUAAAACCUUAAAAAAUCAGUCUAUUAAAUGACAGUUGACCACAAGGCGAUUCUAUCUAUGCCUCUUCUUGAAUUACUGCAUGUUUUAGUUGGCAGAGACUUGUAAUGCUGCAUAGCAUGAUAAGCAUGAUAAGGUGCAAGGAGCAGAAAAAGUUGACAUGGGUGCUAAUUUUCAGUCAAAAAAAACGCUGGCAUUAUUUUAUCAGCUGAGGGCAUAUUCAUUGCCAUAACAACGUGAGUUAAUCAACAAGUACAACAUGUUCUAAUACUAUGAGACAAGAUACUACUGAUAAAAGGUGUCAGGCGCGAGCGGCAGACGGGACUUAGUGUCUUAUUUAUUUAUUUAUUUAUUUAUUUAUUUUAAUGAGUUACUUAUUUUAUUUUAAAUAAUGAUAAUACCAAGGGUCAGAAGUUUUACAAGAAUUAUUAUCUUACAAGUCAUGACAGAGGGACUUGCUGUCUUUAUUCAUGCUUGAAAGAUGAACAUAUAUUAUUAUUUUUUUGAAAGGGAAUAAGCUGAUGAAGCUGACAAGUGACCAAUGUUUACUGUUUAAAAAUAUCUUUCAUUAAAUUCAAACCCCAGUUAAUCAUUUGCUCUUGUUUCUCUGUUUUGAGAUUCACACAGACUUAGCAGUCUUGUUUAAAUGUUACAAAUCGAGUUAAUAAACUGAACUUGGAAAUUGUUUUAAGUUGUUGCAGAUGUUAUCUCCGGUAAUUUUAUUAAUCUAAAUAAAUAUUAGCAGGUUCUCAAUAGUAGGCUAUUUCAAUUCAGGCAGGGCGCAAAAAAAUGUCUGUCUCCUAGGGUGGGAAUGACAGAAAAUAAUUGAGAACCACUGGUCUAGAACAUGUUGUACUUGUUGAUUAGCUCACGUUGUUAGGGCAAUGAAAACGCCCACAGCUGAUAAAAUAAUGCCAGUGAUUUUUUUUACUGAAAAUUAGCACCCUUUUUUUUUUCAUCAGAACAAGAUUUUUUUGCAUCAGAAGUUUUAUGAAAAUGUAUUGCUCCCUGAAAGUGAGAAAACAUAGUUUAGUGUUCCCGAAAUAGUGGUAUGUUUCUCAUAUUAUUGAUCUAGUACAUGUUGUACCAAUGUGUUUCAGUAACUGUGUAAAUAAAAAAAAACAU